AUGACUUUGAGUUGUAGACAAGGGGUCUCAAGUGCCCAUGACACCGUAGUUCUCACCAAAAGAUGCAAGGAAGAAGAAGGAAGCAAGCAGAAAGUAGCAGGAAGAGUUCCUGCAGUGUUGCUGGUGCUCAGGAGGACGCAUGAGGCACUUGAGGUGACGCAUAAGGCACUUGAGAGGUAG